AUGGUGUCGCCCUUCGAGUCUGACAACGUGCACAUUCCAGAGCUGAUCGCCACGGCGGCGCGCAUCUCGCGGCGAGGCUUUGGCAUCCUCGCAGCCGACGAGUCGGAGCGGGUGGCGUGGCCCUUCACCGGCGGCCUCCUCGGCACCCCUCAGGCGCCACCUUUGCCAAGCGUGCCUUCCGACCGCGCCAUCCGCGAGAAUGCGCAGUCGCUCGCGAGGUACGCCUCCAUCUGCCAGGAGCACGGGCUGGUCCUCUCGCACGUGAUGCGAGCCAUCAACGAAGCGCAAGCGAUGCUCCUCAAGCCCUCGAUGGUUCUGCCCGGCCUCGACGCCCCGCUCGGCGAGUCUGCGCGCGAGAGCGUCGCCACUCACACCGCAAAGGUGCUCAAGCGGACCGUCCCUCCCGCGGUGCCGGGGGUGCACUUCCUCUCGGGCGGCAUGGGCGCCGAGGAGGCGACGCAGAACCUGCAGCAGCUGCAGCACGAGUACCCCGACGCACCGUGGUCGCUCUCCUUCUCGUACGGGCGCGCGCUGCAGGACGCCGUGCUCAAGGCGUGGUCGGGCCUGGAGGAGAACGUGCCGGCGGCGCAGGCGCGGCGCGGCGCGCCCGGAGGUCCGCACAAACUUGUCUCAGCGCGCUUCUCCACCGACCAGGCGCUUCUGCUCGAGCUCGCGCGCGUCAACGCACAGGCGCAGCUGGGGGAGUGGGACGAGGUGCACCCCACCCCCUCCUCGGGCGGGCUCUCGGCGGGCCGCAUCCUCUUGCCGAAGCUUUCCUACUCAUCUGAGCGGCCCAAGACGCGCGCAGCCGACCUCUUCAACUGGUGACUCUGUCGAGUGGUGACUGACAGCAGGGGUCAGCCCGCGGAGAUAUCAUAAAAAAGAAAAUGG